CUCCAUACGAAGAGAAACAAAAGAGGCAAGAUGGUGCCGUCGCGUACGCUUGGGCGCGGUUCUUCCGUGGUCUUUUUCUUGGUUGCCAACAUGAUCAGUGGAGGGGAAGGCGUUUUUAAAUUUAAAAAAUUUUUUCUUGACCCUGGCGCUGGCAAGCCUCGCGAUGCUUACUACGCCUUGCCGCCAUUUCUAGAUACGGACGAGUUUGUAAACGGGACUAUAAAUGCGAUCCGUGAAAAGAAAAAC